UUUGAUGAACGUUUUAAAUUAUUGUCUACCUACGGUGUCAAUUUCAUUGAUGUAGUAUUAUUCUCGAAGAGAAGAGGAAAGCAAUGAAUUUAGGGUUUUGAGUUUUGACGGAUGAUUCCAUAUCGUAAACUUGAUCUUCGUAUAAGGAAAUAUACCAAGUUCUUGCACCCCCUUAAAAGUACUAUACUCAAACUUCUAACUUCCCCUUCCUUCCUUCAAUCAAUUCCACAAGUUUCAAUGUCAUCCAUAAGCUCCCAUCACUCAGAUUCAAGUUCUAUGGACAAAAGUCCAGGAUCCCAUUUGCCUAAUGACACAAAACCCUUUUCAUUAUCCUCUUACCCUACUCCAUUAUCACCACCAUUGCCUUUAAUUUCCAAACAAAUUGAGCUUAACAGAGCCAUGGAUGCUUCUUCAAGGUCUAGUCUUUACUCUCUUUCAAGAGAAAAUGUUAUCUUCGAGGAUCAAUGGUUGAUAGUUGUCAAUAAACCUUCUGGGAUUUACUGCGAGAGUGUCUUGUCUUCCGUUCCUCAAUUUCUGCAACAUUCCGCUGAUUCAGUUGAAGCUUCAGAAUUCCAUCUUGCAAACAGGCUGGAUCGUGAUACAAGUGGUGUAAUGGUUAUAACUAAAUCACAUAAAGUAGCUAGCAAGCUUGUCAAGGCAUUUACUGACCACAAAGUCCAAAAAACUUAUGUUGCUCUUUGUGUGGGGUCUGCACCAGAAUGGGACAAGAUCAGGUUAAAAUCUGGACAUGGCAGAUCAAAGUAUGGUGCUUGGCGUGUAUAUGCUGCAUCCGAUGUUGGUCAGACGCUACCUGGUGGGUCUGUUGUGAAAGAUAUGGAGACCCUAUUUGAAUUACUGUCGCUAAAUAGGGUUGUUCAACAUAAAGGGUCAUUAGAUUAUAAAACGGAUGUAGAAAGAACAGUUGUUAUUCAGGAGAAAUCAUUGGCCGAUGCAACCCAAAGGCGGGAUGAAAUUCUGGUCCGAGCAUUUCCAAAGAGUGGAAGGACACAUCAAAUCCGGCUGCACUGUCAGUACCUUGGAAUUCCUAUAAAAGGAGAUGUGAAAUAUGAAGGUGUCAAUGAGUGGAAAGGAGAGAUUUGUAAUGCCCAUAAUCUUCAUGCUGAGAGUUUAUCCUUGGAACACCCUGUUACUGGACUUCCAGUACAAUUUCGGGCAGCGUUGCCUCAGUGGGCGAUCAAAGCUAUGCAAUAAUGUUGUGGGUUUAGUUACAGUUCUUGGACUUUACUACGUCCAUACUGUAAAAGUUGUGGGUUUAAAAUCUACAAUUGCGAUGUAAAGAUUCAGUUAACUUGGUCAGCGAGCGAAUCUUGUUUCCGGGUUCUAAUUGACCGAAUGAGUUGGGGCAUUGUGAAUGAUUCAUGGGGCGUUAGAGAACAUCUCGAAACACUUUUUAGACAAUGUAAUUAAAUCUCGGUAUGAGAAGUGUUGGAAACAAAACCGGUAUUUGCAGCUGGUGGAAACCGGAGAACAUUCUGUUAUUGAUCAUAAGUGGGAAUUGGAACUAUUGUCUUCUCCUUUUGGCAUUUCGUAUCGUGUCAAUCUGAAACUUGCAGAAAUCGCUAAUAUUUCUUUGGGUUGUUUUUCCGGUGAGGACUUGACUGAUUCCUUCACUUGCGGAGAUGAAAACAAAGGAGUGGUGGAAAACAGGGUCUUAUGGAUUCUAAGUAGUUAGUUUCUACCUAAUAUUCUUGACGACAUUUGAUAAUAGGUUUUUGUUGUUACUCCUCUUGAAUUUCUUUCUACAUUUUUGUACAAAGAAAUUUGGUAGCCGUCCAACAAAUCCAUCAAUUAUCGAGGGAAAGAGAGGGUUAGGUGAGAAUCAAAAAAUAAAGUUGGUCUAAUUGAGACAAGAUUUGAUUCUCUUGAGUAUUAUGGCUAUGUGGGAAUGAUCAUGGCUUUCAAAUUUGAAUUGUGUACAAUAUAGAAGUAGUAUUUUCAUUUGUGUUUGCUUGGAGCUUACUUAUUGGCCAUUGGUUUUUCAUGAGCUAAGCCUAAUACUUUCUUUACUUUAGAAUAGAGGAAUUUAAAUUAGAUUUCUAAAGUAUAUAUUGAAAAUAAAAUUAAUGUAUAA